GCCCGCCUUCUUCGCCCAGCCUCUCCCCGCUGCCGCACUGCCCGCGCCGCCGCGCUAGCAACAGGGGCGAGCCGCGCUGCUGCUGGCCGCUUGCAGAAAGUUGCGCGGUGCCAGCGACGCUUCCACCGGAAUCCGGAUGCGCUCCGAGGAGGCAGCCGCCGCCGCCGCCGCCCCAUUAUCACCAUCCCCAGCAGCUGCGCCCGGGCUGCUCCUCCCCGGGACGUCGCCGCCGCCGCCGCCGCCGUCCAGGGGUCUCCCCGGGCAGAGAGGGCGACUGGAGCCGGCAGCGGCGAUGGAGGUCCCGCAGCUCGACCUGCUGGAAUCCCCCGAGGGCUGCCCCUCUCCUCUGGAGCUCAAGUCCGCCCCCAGUAAGAAGAUGUGGGUCAAGCUCCGGGCGCUGUGAGUAAGCCGAUGUACUUGCCCCCCCCCGCACCCCUUGGGCCUUUCUGUCUGCCUGUGGCUCCGCCGCCAAACUCUUUCGGAUCUUCCCCAUCUGGCGUUCCUUGGCACCGCGGAGGCUUCUCCGAUCUCCCGGACACCAGUCGCGCGUUGCGCCCGGGC